AUGAAGAGACUCAAAGAGAUGCUCUAUCAAGAAUCCUUUUGGCAGCCGCCAAAGCCAAAGCCCAAAAACCAGUUAUCCAUCUUCAGUGGCACCCAACUAGACCAGCAUGCAGCCCAAUCAUACUUUAUUCAAAGCACACAUCGCAAGAAACUCGCCGAUUCACCACACUCUACCAAGCCUACAACAACUACAGCCACCAAAGCCCCCAAACCCAUUCUAAACCAGCCUAAUACCACCUCAGUUGUUUCAUUAGAUGUAUAUAAGUCCGAAAUCAUCCGCAAUCUACGUGAAAAUCAAGCAGUGGUAAUCCAGGGCGGAACUGGCACCGGUAAAACGACCCAGAUUCCCAAAAUGCUAGUGGAUUCCCUCCAAUGCCCGGGGAUAAUUGGCUGUACUCAGCCCCGGCGGAUUGCAGCAGUUUCAAUUACUGCCCGAAUGGAAAGCGAGCUGGGAUUAGCAAAGGUAGGCUACGCCGUGCGUUUCGCUGAGAAGAAAGGCAAGAGUAUCAAGUACAUGACCGAAGGUAUUCUCCUACGCGAGAUCCAAACAGACCCUUCUUUAUCUAAGUAUUCAGUCAUUAUUGUUGAUGAAGUACACGAGAAGAGUGUUGAGUCUCUUCUGCUCAUUAAGUACAUAACUCGCUUGAUUAGAAAGCGCUCUGAUCUAUAUUUAGUGCUUAUGAGCGCCACAGUCGAACCGAGUAUUUUGAGCGAAACAGGCGCCUUUCCUAUUGUUCAGAUUAAUAGCCAAAGCCAUCAUGUUCAGCUUGAAUACCUCCCAGCUAUCCCAGCCGACUAUAUCCAGGCUACAAUCAACAAGGUUUUAGACAUAGCUGAAUCAGCUACUGGCCAUAUUCUAGUCUUCCUAACUGGAGUUGAGGACAUUCGUCUUGCUUUUCAGCUACUACAGCCCCAGCUCAAAAGUCUCUCUCAACCUAUUGAUCUCUUCAUGCUGCAUGCCAAGAUAGCACUGCCCAAGCAAAUGCAGGCACUCCAAAGCACCGGUCUCAAAUGCAUUCUUAGUACAAACAUUGCUGAAACCUCUUUAACUAUUCCCAACGUUAAGUAUGUUAUUGACUGUGGCCUUUACAAGGAGACAAUCUAUUGCCCUACGACCGGUGUGCAACGAAUGGUUACUGCUCCCAUUCAAAAGCCACUUGCUGAACAAAGAGCAGGUCGGACCGGUCGGACUACUCCCGGUAUCUGCUUUCGUAUGUACACCCAAGCCGCCUACAACUCACUCCAUCCCAAUACAAUCAGUCGGCUGGAUUGUGAGAACAUUGAGUACUUUGUUCUUAAGUCCAUCGAGCUAAACAUUCCUUUCCCAAUUAGAGAACGUGAACAAGCCACCAUUGCCAAAUUAACAACCCAAGGCAUUCUUUCUCACCACCAACUAACUCCAUUGGGCCAACAAGUCCUCUCUUUGCCACUCUCAGUUGAACAUGCCCUCUUUCUGAUAGAGGCGCGACAGCAGGGAUGUGGCUGGGAGGCAGCUGUUAUUUUAGCCAUGAUUGAUCUCUUUUCCGAACGUCUAGCCGAACUUAUCCAGCACACUCAGAAGAACAAGCUCAAGAACACAAUCCAGCCGCUAUCUACAACCAGCGACCACCUAGUUCUUCUAGAAAUCUACCAACUAAUGGCCAACCAGCACAUCAAACCACUGCCUCAACUAGACAAAGUCCAAAAGAUCAUCAAACAACUCUGCCGGACCAUGCACAUACCCAACCAACCCUCUACCACCUACUCCAGCCAGCUUCUUUUAGCCGCCUUAUCUACCUCUCAUGCCUUUAAUCAAGCCAAACGACUAGCAACCACAUGCACCUCUACCGCAACUACCAAAUCACACGCCAUCUCCUAUACUUACCAAAACAUCCAAACCAACACCCAAUUCCAGCUCACUAAAGACUCGAUCUUGACCCAAGCAGGCACACCGCCUCUCUUUAUUAUAUACAAUCAUCUGGUUCAAACAACCCAAAUCAGAGCUUCAAUCGCCUCGGCCAUUAACCCAGCCCAGAUCGGCCACACUAACAACUAA